AGAGAGAAGCAAAGCCCGCCAAAACAUUUGAUACUAACAGAAAGAACGAGACAGAUUGAGUAACUGUACUGUGGCUGGAAGGAAGGAAACAAAAGGCUUAAAUCGCAAUUGCUUGCGUUCCAGUGUUGCGACCAUUGUCUACGACGAGAGCGUCAAAGCUCUCGGCAGGCAAUACAAGAACACACACACAUCCAAACAACAACUGAGUCUCUCAUACACACACACAAAUACAUAGACAUACAUACCAACACCCGCACUCACUCACACAACAGCCAAAGCAGACGAGACAAAUAGUAUAUAAAAAAAAUAUAUAUAUCACGUGAAAUUAACAGCAGCUGGCAGCUGAGAGCGCUGAGCGCCAAACAACUACAAAUAACGAGAGCGAGAGAGAGUAAGAAUAGAAGCUCUCUGAUCACGUCAAGUGAGACAAGUGCGAGAGAGCGUGAAAGAGAGAGAGAGAGAGUGAGAGACAGAACAACCGAUACCUUCAAUAAAACAAAAUAACGGCGCACUGAGAGUAUUUUGCAAAAAAUACUCGUGCACACACACUCUCAGGAUAUGUACGGCAACAAUAAUCCGGGUAGUAACAAUAAUAACGGUGGUUAUCCCCCAUACGGUUACAACAAGUCGAGACAUGAUCUCUUUUCACAGCAACAGCCAAGCAGCAUUUUCAAGCGAUCUCAACAGCGAAAACGACAGACACAAACAUUUAGAUUGUAUGUAGUGUGGUUUUUUUUCGGUGCUUAUUAUUAUAAUUAUUGUUUGACAAUCAAAAAAAAAAAAACAUAAGAAACUGGUGUGAUAACUCUGUGAAGUACCAACAAAAUGUUCCUUAAACGAAGACGCCGUCAACGCCUCGGUGGACGUGUAUUUGGCAUGUCACAUUCACUGCCAUCUGGAAUGUCACGUUAUGCGUUCUCACCACAGGACACAGAAUUUACAUUUCCAAGUUCCUCGUCGCGUCGCGGUUACAAUGAUUUCCCAGGCGGUAAUGGCGGCAGCGCCAAUUCCCUUGGCGGCAAUAUCUGCAAUAUGCCGCCAAUGGCCAGCAACAAUUCGCUGAACAAUCUGUGCGGCCUAUCGAUUGGCAGCGGCGGCAGCGAUGAUCACAUGAACGAUCAGCGCAACAGCAACACCAAUUUGAUAGUCAACUAUUUGCCGCAGGAUAUGACUGAUCGCGAGCUGUAUGCCCUAUUUAGAGCCAUUGGACCCAUCAAUACGUGCAGAAUCAUGAGAGACUAUAAGACUGGCUACAGUUUUGGUUAUGCUUUCGUGGACUUCACAUCGGAAAUGGACUCGCAGCGUGCGAUUAAAGUGCUCAAUGGCAUCACAGUGCGUAAUAAACGGCUCAAGGUUUCAUAUGCACGUCCUGGCGGUGAAUCGAUCAAGGAUACCAAUCUGUAUGUGACCAAUCUGCCGCGCACGAUAACCGAUGAUCAGCUGGACACGAUCUUUGGCAAAUACGGUUCCAUAGUGCAGAAGAAUAUACUGCGCGACAAGCUGACCGGUCGGCCAAGGGGCGUGGCAUUUGUACGCUACAACAAACGCGAGGAGGCACAGGAGGCAAUCUCGGCGCUGAACAACGUCAUACCGGAGGGCGGAUCCCAGCCGCUGUCGGUGCGCCUGGCCGAGGAGCACGGCAAGGCCAAGGCGGCGCACUUUAUGUCCCAAAUGGGCAUGGGACCGCCGCAGGCGCCACCACCGCCGCCGCCGCCGCCGCCGCACAUGGCGGCCGGCUUCAAUAAUAUGGUUCACAGAGACGGAGCAAUGGAAAAAUUACGCUCAUUAUUCGAUGCUAUUUGCGAUGCUAUCUUUGGUCUCGAUAGCGACAACUUUGCCGAUUUGCUUGACGGACUGUACCGCCGGAAGUACCAUUAUCCUUACUUAUAAUUGACGCCGCAGCAGCAGCAGCAACUGCAACUCUAUCAGCAGGCGUGCGGCUACAAUUCUCAUGGCAACAACAACACCAACAA